AUGCAGACGAUCAAAUGUGUAGUAGUUGGUGACGGUGCGGUCGGCAAGACUUGCCUGCUGAUCUCGUACACAACGAAUAAAUUCCCAAGUGAAUACGUUCCGACUGUCUUCGACAACUAUGCUGUCACUGUCAUGAUUGGUGAUGACCCGUAUACAUUGGGACUGUUUGAUACGGCCGGUCAGGAGGAUUACGAUCGUCUUCGGCCAUUGUCAUACCCACAAACGGACGUCUUUUUAGUCUGCUUCAGUGUGACUUCACCAGCAUCCUUUGAGAACGUCAAGGAGAAAUGGUUCCCAGAGGUUCACCAUCACUGUCCUGGCGUUCCUUGCCUCAUCGUCGGCACGCAGAUCGAUCUACGAGACGAUCCUCAGGUACUGGAGAAGUUGGCAAGACAAAAGCAGCGGCCGGUAACGAGCGAACAGGGCGAGCGACUUGCUCGGGAACUCGGAGCGGUUAAGUAUGUGGAGUGCUCAGCAUUGACGCAGAAGGGUUUGAAGAACGUGUUCGAUGAGGCUAUUGUCGCUGCUCUCGAACCACCGGUCUUCAAGAAGAAGCGCCAUUGCGUCAUUGUCUGA